AUGGAUAUCGAUGAUAUUACAAAGUUUGCAAAUAGUAGAAGAAUAGCCACGGAUGCAGACAAGUUACGGGAGAAAGUCACUGAAGAAAAGGAAAAAAAUAUAAAGUUAAAGGUAGGGUUUCUAUUUAUAUCGCGGUCGUGCAGACUGUCAUUCACGCGUAAGAUCUGCGACGUGCUGCAAGAGUCGAGCGAGCGGCUGCAGGAGACGCUGUCGCGCUGCAAGGCGGACGGCGCCACGCUGUACACAGCAUUCAACAGGUCCGCGGAGCAGCUACAGGAGAUGCGCCAUAAGCAGGUGCUGCAGGACGAGAAGGUCAAACAUCAAGUUGAAGGCCUGCAAGAGAAAGUGUCGCUGUCGAGCAACCACUCCAGCGAGCUGGUUGAAUACCUGACGAGCGCGAAGCAGCAGGUGGAUGGUGAGCUAACGGAAGUGCGCGCGCAGCUCGCGACCGCUAACGCCCGCAACAACGACCUGCUCACCGCCCUCGGUGACAGCAACAGGGAAAUAGACAGCCACAAAUAUGAGACGGACAGGGAUACAAACUCCGCCAGAGCAUGUGUAGAAGAGAAUUUGAAUAAGGCAUUAAAUGAAAAUAACGAUUUAAAAAAAGAAAAUUUUGAUUAUGUUCAAGAAAUGGAGGAUUUACAAAUGCAAAUAAAUUUAUUGGAAAAGGAUAAAACACAAAUCAAUGAUGAAUUGCAACAAAGUAAGAAAGAUUCCAAUGAAAAAUUUGCACAAAUACAGCAGCUGGUGACUGAAAAGAAACAGCUCGAGGAUCACAUCGAAGAAAUUAAAAAUAACGCUAAAGCUUACCAGGAAAUCGCCGAAGGUAAACAAAAGGAUUUGGAUAAUGAAAUAGAUACGAAAGUUAAUGCAAUAAAUUGUCUCAUGUCUGAGGUGAAGACAGCGACAGAUGUAAAAUUUAAACUAGCCAAGGUUAAGAAAGAGAUGGAGCUAGAAAGAAACGCUAUGAAAGAAAAGGAAGAGAAAUCGAAGAAAGAAAUUAAAAAGCUUCAAGAUAGCGUUCGAGUCAUGGAAGCUGAACUUACUCAGAACAUGUCUAUGAUUCUGGAGUUAAGGAGCGAAAAGGGUCGUCUGCAGCAGACUAUCCAAGACAUGCAGAAAACAGACAACGUGGAGAAGAAGUUGACCGGCCGGCGCUGGCCGCCCCCUAAGGAACAUUUCGUCCUCGAGCUCGACGAUAACGCCGUCAUGAUGACCCCCCCUCGCGCGAAAGUAGCAAGGCAAGAAACUGUUGGAAAAAGGCUGGAGCUGACGCCACCCGCCGCCUCCUCCACUGUGCCCACCGCGCCCACCGCGCCCACCGCGCCCACCGCGCCCACCGCGCCCACCGCGCCCAUGGCUGCCUGGAGUCCCGAUAAUCUAAUGCUGCCUAAUCUUAGUCCUCUUUCUAGAAGUAGAUUUGUCAGAGUAGACGAUGCAUAG